GAGAAGCAGAGGCGGUUUCUUGUCAUAAGAAUAAUAAGAAAGGAAGAAGAUUCUAGGGUUUGAACCAGCCCAGCCCAGGUGGCUCGACUCGGCCUCUUAACUCACCGCCUCGCCCUUCACAUUCCCUCGGCGAACCGCUCCCUACCAAUCCAGCCCGACGUUGACGUUGAGCUGUUGCGUUGCCGGCGUUCCCUGCUCCCACAGUAGGUCGAAACGCUCCUGCUCUUGCUCUUGCUCGAGCCUGACCGAGCCUCCGUUGGUUCUCCCUGCUCUGCCGGUCAGUGAGCUGCUCUGGUGUCCUGCUGCGGCGACCUCCAGUCUGCAAAUUGCAAUCCAGUGGCUUCCGCUCAUUGCAGCAGUCUGGAUUGAAACCGGUGAGUAACAUUUGUAGGAGAAGGAGAAGAUGACGACUCGAAUCGCUCCUGGAGUCGGAGCUAACUUGCUGGGCCAGCACUCCGCCGAGCGCAACCAGGACGCCACCACCUAUGUCGGCAACCUUGACCCUCAGGUCACCGAGGAGUUGCUGUGGGAGUUAUUUGUUCAAGCUGGUCCUGUUGUGAAUGUAUAUGUUCCCAAGGAUAGGGUGACGAACCUCCAUCAAGGAUAUGGAUUUGUGGAAUUCCGAAGUGAAGAAGAUGCGGACUAUGCAAUCAAGGUUCUGAAUAUGAUUAAGCUUUAUGGGAAACCAAUUCGUGUGAAUAAGGCAUCCCAGGAUAAAAAGAGUUUGGACGUGGGGGCAAACCUCUUUAUUGGAAACCUUGAUCCUGAUGUAGACGAGAAACUUCUAUACGAUACUUUUAGUGCAUUUGGCGUAAUAGUUACAAAUCCAAAGAUAAUGAGAGACCCCGAGACAGGCAAUUCCCGAGGUUUUGGUUUUGUGAGCUAUGAUUCUUUCGAGGCAUCUGAUGCAGCUAUUGAGGCGAUGAAUGGCCAAUAUCUUUGCAACCGACAAAUUACAGUCUCAUACGCUUACAAAAAAGAUACCAAAGGAGAGCGCCAUGGUACACCAGCAGAGAGAGUUUUGGCUGCUAGCAACCCGAGUGCACAGAAGAGCAGACCACACACACUAUUUGCAAGUGGGCCACCAACACUGCCAGCUCAGGCCAAUGGGGCAGUGGCUUCUCCAGCUCCUCCGCGGCCAUUCAUGAAUGGAGCUCCUCUCCGUGGACCAGUGGCAGCUAUGCGCCCGCCACCACCUCCACCUCAAGCGGCCACAUUCAUGCCCAUGCAGCCUACGGGACAGCCCGGCUGGCCAGGACAGGGAGUGCACCCUGGAAUCCCACCUCCAAUGCAGCAAUACCGCCCUCCUCCCUCAAGCAUGCCCGGGCCACCACCUCAGAUGGCCCAGGUCAUGCAGCGUCCACCUCCACCGCCAAUGGGAAUGGGUGGCCCUCCACCGCCUAAUUGGCGUCCUCCUCCGCCCCCUCAACAGCACCAUAUGCAGAUGUCCAUGCCGCCGCCGCCGCCGCCACCCAACAUGCCGCCUCCACCGCCUUCAAGUUGAACUUGCUGGUGGUUGUAUUGUAAUAGCGAUCGCAUCAUGCCAUCAUGUUCUAGGUUAAUAACAUUUGCCAAAUGAAAUUAUAGUCUCAUGUUAUCUUUGACCCAUCAACUACUGAGCUAAGCUAGGCUAGACAUGCGAAUUGAGGUUACAGGAGUGGAAAUUUUGAAGCUUGUUUAAUCGUGUAAAUUGUUCUUGCUUGUGAGCGAUUUAGUCGGUCUAGAGCUGAAUUGUUCUCUCUCGCAUUUAUCUUGCUCUGUAUUUUGUGUUUGAUUUAGUUGACGCAUGGAUUCAUAUACCUAGUCCAGCAAAAGCAGUUGUGGUUAACAA